UGCCGCACUUCCUUCUGGUACGAAAAUAGGGCGGGUCGAUAUCCAGAAAGAGAGAGAGUGGUUGGUGGCGUCGCGUCUUCUAUGACUGGUCAUUGGUCCGCCUCUGGUGAUAACCGUCCCAGUUGCCGGAGAAACAGUCGGGUCAGGGCUUAAUAACUCACCGGUGAUUGGUGAUGAGGACGAAAGCGGGUUCCCUGGGCCGCCUCUGCCUUUUUAGCUCUUAAGGUUAAAUUUAAAAGCCCAGGUGACUCGUGGAAAUCUGUGCUGCAUGAUGACAGCGACGGUGAAGCUGGUGAGCAGAGUCCGGCGGCUGGGCUGCGUGCUGGCCUUUUGCUUCCUGGCCCUGUUUCUCUGGGGGCUCCCUGGGGCCCGGGCCCUCGACAACGGCUUGGCGAUGACCCCUACCAUGGGCUGGCUGCACUGGGAGCGCUUCAUGUGCAACGUGAACUGCCAAGAAGAGCCGGAUUCCUGUGUCAGUGAGAAGCUCUUUCUGCAGAUAGCUGAGAUCAUGGCCUCAGAUGGCUGGAAGGAUGUAGGCUAUGAGUACCUCUGCAUUGAUGACUGUUGGAUGGCUCCCGAAAGAGAUUCAGAAGGCAGACUUCAGGCAGACCCUAAACGCUUUCCUGGUGGGAUCCGCCGCCUCGCUAAUUAUGUCCAUAGCAAAGGACUGAAGCUAGGGAUUUAUGCAGAUGUUGGAAAUAAAACCUGUGCAGGCUUCCCUGGGAGUUUUGGAUACUAUGACAUUGAUGCCAAGACCUUUGCUGACUGGGGAGUAGAUCUGCUAAAAUUUGACGGUUGUUACUGUGACAGUAUAAAACAUUUGGCAGAUGGUUAUAAGCACAUGUCCUUGGCCCUGAACAGGACUGGCAGAAGCAUUGUGUACUCCUGUGAGUGGCCCCUUUAUAUGUGGCCCAUUUUUAAGCCCAAUUACACAGAAAUCCGAGAGUACUGCAAUCACUGGAGAAAUUUUGCUGAUGUUUAUGAUUCUUGGCAAAGUAUAAGGAGUAUCUUGGACUGGACAACUUCUAACCAGGAGAGCAUUGUUCCUGUCGCAGGACCAGGAGGUUGGAAUGAUCCAGAUAUGUUGGUGAUUGGCAACUUUGGCCUCAGCCGGGAUCAGCAAAUAACUCAGAUGGCCCUCUGGGCUAUCAUGGCAGCUCCAUUACUCAUGUCCAAUGACCUCCGACACAUCUGCCUUGAAGCCAAAGCCCUUCUUCAGGAUAAGGAUGUAAUUGCCAUCAACCAGGACCCCUUGGGCAAGCAGGGGUACCGGCUUAGAAAGGAGGACAACUUUGAGGUGUGGGAACGCCCUCUCUCUAACUUAGCCUGGGCUGUGGCUAUGGUAAACCUGCAGGAGAUUGGUGGACCUCGUUCUUACACCAUCUCUGUUACUUCCCUGGGUCAAGGACUGGCCUGUAAUCCUGACUGUCUGAUCACGCAGCUCCUCCCUGUGAAGAGGAAGCUUGGGUUUUAUGAAUGGACUUCAAGUUUAAAAACUCAAGUAAAUCCCACAGGUACUGUUUUGCUUAGGCUAGAAAGAGCAAGCUAGACUGCAUUAAAAUGCUUCCUUUAAAAUGUAUUAUUUUGUUGCCAAAGUGACUACCCCACUUUUGUCCACCUUCAGCUGUUCUUAUUUCUUUGAGUAAAAGUUUCUACACUUGAGCUUUUUUGUUGUUGUUGCUGUACGCGGGCCUCUCACUGCUGUGGCCUCUCCCGUUGCCGAGCACAGGCUACACUUGAGCUUUGUGAUGAUUACCACUUCUAAAGCUAUCUGGAGAACAUUUUUGGGGAAAAGCCUUUGAACCUAAUGUAAACUGCUGAGAAAAUAAUAGCUUAAUAAUAUAAUAAGUAAAAUAAUAAUUUACAGACAUACCUCAUGUCAUUGCACUUCACAAAUACUGUGGGGUUUUUUUGGUUUUGGGGUUUUUUUACAAAUUGAAGGUUUGUGGCAACCCUGCGUGUAUCACAAGUCUGUUUGGCCCUAUUUUUCCAACAGCAUUUGUUCAUUUUGUCUCUGUGUCACAUUUUGGUAAUUCCUGCAAUAUUUCAAACUUUUUCAUUAUUAUUAUAUUUAUCAUGGUGAUUGCAAUGUUACUACUGCAAAAAAAAAUUGUUUCUCUGAAGGCUUAGAUGAUGGCUAGCAAUAAAGUAUUUUUAAAUUAA